AUGGUACAGGACUCGGACUUUGACGUGACAGAACAGAAACCUGGAACGUUGGUGUUGGCCAAGUUUUCAAACUUCCCGCCAUGGCCUGCGAUUGUGUUGUCGCCAUCUCAGGUGCCAUUGAAGCUAAAGAAGAAGACUUUGUCGAGACAGCUCAAGAUGAAAAGAGGACGGUUGUUCAAACAUGUUCCUGUGAGGUUCUUUGGUGAUAACUCGUUUGCAGGGGUUGCCUUCCAGAACGUUCAUAGAUUGACGGAAGAGAAGCUCUCUGAGAGAAACCCCGCCAAUCCGGAACUGAUCGAUGCUCUCGAGGAAGCUGCAGCAUACAGAUAUCCUGAAGACUUCAUAAGCAUCCUAAUCGAUGAAGGAAGUAUCUCAUCGCCAGAGGAGUUUAUUGAGCUACCAAAUAUCCUCACGCUACCUGAAGAUCUCGACCAAGCUGUUUCUAAAAAGAGAUCCGCUGAAGGCGACGAUGACGAUGACAACAAUGAUGAUACACAUAUCACUAAAACAAAGAAGAAGAAAAGUGCACCUGUUGAGGAUAUGUCGACUGAUAAGUUGAAGCAUAAAGUUCACGAUUUCAGAUAUAGGCUACAAAAGGGCCUUAUUCAAAGAGAUGAUACACCAACUGAUGAUGAGUUGAAAGCUUGUUCAGAUGUAUUGAAAGAACUCGAGACAUUUUCACCACAUAUCACGCUAGAACUCUUGAAAUAUUCCAAACUACACAAAGUUCUGAGGGCCAUUUUGAAAAUCCCAUCAUUAAAAGAGAGUACGUACAAGUUCCACGAACGUGCUGAGAAUCUCCUUAUUGAAUGGGAAAACAUGAUACUGAGUAUUAAGAAUGAGAAAAAGGAUACUCCUGUUACACCAAACACUUCCGUACUGGAUUCUGCUGGUGUUAAACAGGAAGGGGAAGAGAGUAGUGAGGCUAGAUCUCAAGAACCUUCUGAAGUGAAGGAUGAACGUGCCCCUGGAAAUAUAAUCGAGAACGGUCAAUCUUAA